CUGAACUUCUGGUCAUUGCCGGUCAAUACGCUAAACUGCACUGUGCACUGAGUAGAAGAUUAAGGCAAGAUUAAAACACUCUUAUAGCUAACAGCAACUGAGACUAACCUUGACACAAAUUAACUUGCUGCAUUUUAAGAAAAGACUGAAAAUCCCAUGAACCUUUUUAUCUCAACUUUUUGAGAACUUAGUUAAUAUCUAGGCAGCUGUACUUUUCAUGUUAAUCAGCUUUUUAAUCUAGACUACACACCAUCUUGGCUAACUAUGAAUGCUACCCGAGUAAACCAGUCGGACUGCCCCGAGGUGAAGGUCCCCGUCCCUCUCUUCCUGACCAUCGGCGUAGUGAGCCUGGCCGAGAACCUGCUGGUUGUGGUGGCCAUCAUAUGGAACAGGAACCUGCACUCGCCCAUGUACUGCUUCAUCUGCAGCUUGGCCGCCUUCAACACCAUCGCCAGCCUCUCCAAAACCUGGGAGACCCUGAUGAUUGUGUUCGCUGAUGUGGGGCAGCUGGAGAAGACAGGCUCCUCUGUGAUGAAGCUGGAUGAUGUGAUGGACUCCCUGCUUUGCAUGUCGUUCGUGGGCUCCAUUUUCAGUUUCCUGGCUAUUGCAGUGGACCGUUACAUCACCAUCUUCCAUGCACUUCGAUACCACAACAUCAUGACAAUGCGACGCACUGGUGCCAUGUUGGGCAUCAUUUGGACAACAUGUGGGGUGGUGGCCAUGCUCAUGGUGAGAUUCUUCGACUCCAAGUUCAUCAUGAUCUGCUUCGUUGCCUUUUUUAUCAUCUCCUUGGCAAUCAUUUGCUCCCUCUACGUCUACAUGUUCAUGCUGGCACGCAUCCAUGCCAGGAAGAUCGCCGCUCUGCCCACCAGCAGUGGCGGGAGGAGUCGACAUCAGCGGUGGCGGGGCAACAGCAUGAGAGGGGCCCUGACUCUCACCAUCCUGUUUGGGGCCAUCGUGGUGUGUUGGGCGCCGUUUUUCGUCCACCUUAUCAUUAUCAUGGUGUGCCCCAUGAACCCAUACUGUGAGUGUUACCGGUCGCUGUUCCAGAUACACGUGGUGCUGCUGAUGAGCCACUCCCUCGUCGACCCAGCCAUCUACGCCUUCCGCAUCGCUGAGCUCAGACAUACCUUCAGGAAGAUGCUGCUUUGUUCCCAAUGGAGGCGGUGCUCAUAGAGAAAAUCUAUUUACACUUUAUAAGUGCUUUACAUCCAUGGGAUUGCAUAUAUUUACACCUUGGAAUCAACAAUGCAUAGACCUGUACUGCCACUGAGCAGCUUUGGAUGGGUGAGGGCAAGGGCAGCAUUUACCUUUAUGGUGGAACAAGCAUGUGUGUGUUUGCAUGCACCCCUGCAAAACUGUGAGUGUUUCUGUGUAUGUUUUCAUUAUAUAACCGCCAUCUGCCCGUCUAACCACUCAUUUCUCUCAGGACUCGGAUGGGAUCUCAUUUUACCCCAAGUGUUAGUCUCCUCAAAUCCUGUUUAAAAUUACCCAUCUGCACCACAUUCACACAAGACACAUAUUUUCCAGAACCUGUUUUCCUCAAAGAACUUGUUAUAAUUUUUUCCACAUAGAUCACGACAUUGUGAAAUCCAUCACUCACAGGAGCAGCACAGCUACUGAUACAAACAAUAAUAUGAAAACAGCAGCUCACCAUUUUACCUUUUGCUUUUAUUCAGACACAUAAAUAAAAUAAUUCUUAUUAUUCAACAUAGCCAACACUAACAUAAGUCAUUUCAACUGAAGCUCACAUUUAUAUUUUUGCAUGCCGUCACUUAACCAUUAACUAACAUGAAAGAUGUCCCCCACAGCUGUUAAUAUCGUGACACUGCACAUUAAACAUAGGACUGAGCAUGCAAUCAUGUGGGCUUCUCCUCGGCCCGAUGUCGUAUUAAGUUCAGUGUUUUUGCUGCUGUUUCUGCAGGAACAAGUACUUCACAAUCAACAAUAACAAUGAAUCACAGAUAAUGUUGGAGGUGAAUGUACAAUGGAAUUAUUACUUUUUUCUUCAUUAUGUAAACCUAUAGAGAAAGGAAAAUACAUAUCAUUGUGCUAACUGAAGCACUUUUUUCCAUGUUGAGCAUGAUGUACAUGUUCUGUGUGCGUAUUCAUAUGCUUUUCUUUUUAAUAUCAUAAUUGCAAAGCACUUAUAAUAAAAAUUAAUGGAAGCUACAGCAAGGCCAUUACAACACAAUAUGUAAAAAACAUCCUUUUAAUACUGUUUGUUGUUUUCGUCUCCUAUCUCAUCGUCUAUAUGCAUAAAAAAUGGUUUGAAGAUACAAAUAAUACAAAUGGCUUGCUCUUUUUUU